UAGCCAGUGUCUUACUACUAGCUAAUAAGUUCUAUAUAGCUAUCUCACAGCAGGGUACAACACUUCUCACCCAGGCUAUUCAGGAAGAAAGCACUAUCCAAACCCUGUGCAUUGACAUCCUGCAAUGUCUGGACACCUCAGUCAGUGGAAUGACCCAAGUGUUAUGGCCAAGGCUUCUGGAGUAUGUGGUGCCAGCUCAGUACACGGGUACUUUGAAGCCUCUCUGCAGAUGCCUUAGGGAACUGGCUGAGAAAAAGCAGCAGGAAGGAGAAGAAGCUGCUUGCCUCGACUACAGUGGACCAGUGAAACUCCCUACACCCCAGGGGCUGCUGGCGCGACUCCUGGUAGUAGCCUCAUCCCCUUAUGAAAGCGAAGGACAUGGAUGUGCUGCCUUGCAAUUACUGAAGGCCCUGCACCACAAUAUCCACGCAGCAGUGGGUGAGAUGUGGGUACUGAAGAUCCCACCUCUGCUGCGGUUCAUUGAAGGAAACACAGAGAAUUCCCUGGACCAUGAACAGUGGGAGCACAUGCUGCUUCAGUUGCUUUUCUGUUUGUCUCCUCCCCGCUCCAGCUUUUUCAGUCACAAAGUGGAAGAGGGGAAAACCAGCAAGGGGACCAGGGAUAAAGGGAAGGAAAGAGGGAAAACAAAGAAUUGA